AUGGAGACUAUCCGAGAUUCAGCCUUUGGGAAGCUUGUACGCAUCUUCAGCGGCAGGCGAUGGCUACGGUACCCUGAAGAGAUCGACCCGUCCAUCUGGACUGAAUGUUUGAAAACGGAGCGCCAAGUAACAGACGAAGAAGCAGCAGCAUUGGCAGACAGCGAAGUAGAUUCCUUUGGCCUAUACACGGUCAUGUCGCAGGUUUCUUCUAGGGUCUCGCGCCGCUUGACGUCGACCAGUCACGGCGAAUAUGGGGAGAAACGACCUCCUGUUGUGAUUGACUGGCGAGGACUAGAUGAUAGUGAGGUGCGCAUAUACAUUUACUUUCCUACGCCCUUUUCUCCUUUCAGCCAUGUGUUGCAGAGCAGUUCGGGGCUCCCCGGCUCUUGCAACCGGCGCAGCAUCUAUGGGAGACAUGUGGAGCGCGAAAUCCUAUUAUUCUUCUUUCUUCCUGAGACUUUCUCGCCGAAUAUUCUGUAUCGACGUGCACGACGUAUACGGAAGAUUACCGGAAACUCAAACUACAUGUGCGAAGCCGAGAUUGAGCUUCAGGCUGUGAGACCUCAGGACGUACUAUUCGAGUCACUCAUCCGCCCAUUUGAACUUUGCUUCCUUGAACCUAUUAUCUUCCUCAUGAAUCUGUACAUCUCCCUCAUCUACGGCAUCCUCUACAUCUUUUUUGAAGCGUUUCCCAUCAUCUUCGGCGAAAUCCAUAGCUUUAACCCCGGUGAAAUUGGACUAGCGUUCAUGGGCACACUUGUCGGCGCCUUCUUCACAGUCUUCGGCUAUUUCUUCUGGAAAUAUAAAUACCAAUCCCAAUAUUUUGACGAAGACGGGAAUAUCACCCCAGAGAAGCAACUGCCUCCGGCUUGCGUGGGGUGCUUUGCUCUUCCCAUUUCAUUAUUCUGGUUUGGCUGGACCGGAAACUUUGAGAGUGUGCAUUGGAUUGUCCCCAUUGUCGGGUCUAUGUUCUUUUCCGUUGGUGGUUUUCUGAUCUUCAAUGGUAUCUUCUGUUAUCAGGCUCAUGCAUAUCCAAAGUAUGCGGCUUCUGUGCUUGCUGGGAACGACUUCAUGCGGUCCUCUUUUGGGGCUGCGUUUCCUUUGUUCGCGUCCGCCAUGUUCCAUAAUUUAGGUGUUGGGCAAAUCGAAAUCGUCAAACUGCUCCUGUUCACCAACCUGGUGAUAAAGCCUGGUUAA